CCAGUGAAGGAGAGCGAGACUGAAGGAGCAGGCUGUUGUCACAUCACUGGAUCCCACCUGCACGCCCAAUGGCUGGAACUGAGACCUGCUUCCAAAAAGAGAGGCAGGCCAGCAGAGUCAUUCCCCUGCAGACACAGGGAGACGCUCAGCAGGGGGAGCUAGAGAUGGAAGCCAGUCCAGUAAAAGUUCAGAGUCAGCCAGUCUGCCAGGCCUCCUGUAACCAAGUGAAUCCACAGCCCGAGACCACUAUCUUCAGUCUGUCACAGAGUGAGUCGGUGUGGACGGAAGACAAGCCGCAUAGCACCUGUGCGAUUUACCAGCACUCCAUCCUCUUAAUGUCUGUGGGGGGUUCCGUGCUCCUUUGUGGUUCUGUGAUCAGCGCCCUCUACUUUGGUGUUCGCACCCAGCAAGUGGCCAGCAUCAUGGGCCCCGUGUUGGUCUCCGUGGGGCUCAUGGUGCUGGUAGUGGGCCUGGUCCUGGUGCCCAUAAUAAAGCAGAGCCAGAAGCCCCCUCCCGUGAAAAGGAAACAAAGCUACCCAAGACAGCCCAUCUUUAACCUCUGAGCGGAGCAGAGACGUGGGUGGCACGCGGAACCGGUCCGGCCAGCUCCAGCGUCCAGGAGCCCCGACCAAACGGGCUUCACAGAUUGUACGGGCCCUGCGGAAUGCGCUUCCGCCGAUUCUUCUUUCUGCAUCGUUAAUGAACAGCAAUGGUGCUCACCGUGCAGGAGUGGCACAGUUAGCUUGCACUCACCGGGGCGAUUUCCUGCGGCAGGACUGGUGACAUCCCAUGUGCACUAUCUACGUUAAGAGCUUGUCUGAACUUUUCACUGCUGGACUGUAUGAUGCUUGUGUAACAGCUUAAAUCCAUCAGAGAGUUAAUGUGUCAUGUUAGUUAAUGAGUGUUUAGACAUAUAUUUGGGGCAGUAUGCUGGCCUCACAUCUCCAGGCACGUGGAACUGAAUCAGGAACUGAAUCAGAAACUGAAUCAGAAACUGAAUCAGAAAAAACUUUAUUGAUCCUGGAAGGAAAAUUGCUUCUGCUGCAACCACAUAGAUAGACGGAGACACCACUGGACACGAUGAACACUAUACAACAAAAAGAAAAAAACAAUAUAUCACAAACAAAAAUUAAACAAAUGAAAUAAAAUAUAUGUCAAGUUAGCUACAAUAUAAACUCUUUAGUAGUUUAUGUAUCUACUAUAAAACUAUAUGUAACUAUGUAACUAGUUUGUCAAUAUCUACUGCGCUGUAUCACCCGGUGAAAUUCCUGUGUACUGUGUGCAUUUGGUGAUUAAAC